AUGUCUGGUCAAACGUACUUUAUUACCGGAGGUAACAAGGGAAUUGGUUUCGAAUUAGUCACUCAAUUAGCCAAAGCCAACGACGAGAAUGUCAUUAUUACAACUACUAGAUCUCCAGAAAGAGCCAUAGAAUUAUAUGAAUUAGCUAAGAAGUUCACUAACAUUCAUGUUAUUGAUUUAGAUGUUGGCGAUCUCAAAUCAAUCGAUACCAUUGAAGCUCAAUUAAAUAAGAUUGGUAUUAAAGGAAUUGAUAUUUAUAUUUCCAAUGCUGGUAUUUUUCAAUCAACGGACCCAAUUUUAAAGACUGAUGCUGAUGUAUUUUUAAAACAUUAUGCUGUCAACACUUUAGGUCCAUUUUUAGUAUUUCAAAAGGUAUAUAAAUACUUAUUAACCAAGGAAACCAGAAAAGUUAUUUUCAUUAGUUCAGCUUCAGGCAUAAUUACCAAAUCAUACCCAUUAACUCUUACUGCUUAUGGUCAAUCUAAAGCUGCAUUGAAUUAUUCUGUUAUUCAAUUAUCAAAAGAAUUAGCUUCAGAAAAUUUUAUUGUGGUACCAGUUAAUCCAGGUGCAGUUUCCACUGAAGCAGCAAAAGAAUCUAUUGCCAGUCUCGAAGCAACUAAUCCUGAGUUCCAUAAAGCUAUCUUAACUCGAUUGAUUACUCCAGAAGAAAGUGUUAGAGGUUUGAUAUCUAUUAUUAGUGGAUUUGGAGCUAAGGAUUCCGGUAUUUUCUACGAUUACGAUGGUGAAGUCUUACCUUUCUAG